AUGGCGGCAGAGGAACUCUCGAACGAGGGGGAUGCUUUUAGCAAGAUUCACUCUUCUGCGAAGCAUUCGGCAGACAUCACAGCAGCGGAUGAGCUCUAG